AAUUGUCGAGUCCAAAUAAGACGACUUUCUCCUCAUAUCUAUUUUCUCUUGCUGUUUAGGUACUACAAUAAAAUGAGAACUAGUGGCACCUUACAAACUACUCCAUCAUCAUUGACAACACCACCACCAAACCCACAAUUUUCUCCACGGGCUGAAUCCACUGUACGGCGCUCUCCGGUACCCUACCUAUUCGGCGGGCUUGCUGCCAUGCUGGGACUAAUAGCCUUGGCACUCUUAAUCUUGGCUUGCUCCUACUGGAAGCUUUCUGGCCGGAUGAACACUGGAGAGGGACAACGUGGUGACAGAGAUGUAGAGGCUGGUGAUGAGAAAAAUGGCAGCGCCGCCGUCAAAAGACCUCUGCCGGUUUUUGAAGAGAAGAUAGUGGUGAUAAUGGCUGGUGACUUGAAGCCAACUUUCUUGGCCACCCCCAUGUCUAGGGAUUCUUCAUUUGGAGAUGGGAAUAUUGGAAAGAGUGAUCAGAUUGAAGAGAAAGAGGAUCAGAAGCCAAGCAAUGAAAUCACUGAUCAUUUUGAUCAAAGAAUAACAGAAAAUACGGAUCAACAGAUGAAUAGAGAGGUUCAAGAAAUUACCCAACCGGAACCGGGACAAGAACUAAACCAGUGAUCUUUAGUUCUUUCUUAUUCUUCUUUUCUUUUUCUUUUUUUUUUUCUUUUUUUUCCCCCUACAUAAUUUCCAAUUUUGUGAUCCGGGACUGUGUAAAUUUUUCAUCAAAUUACACUUCAACAGUUCUUCCCGUCUCAAAGUUUAUGUUUUCAAAGGCUAGAUAAAAAUUAUAUUCAACAAUUAAUAUA